GCACCAUCGGCGACUGCAAGCUCACCACAGUCACGUGCUCACAAAGUUUGCGAAGUCUCCUCUGAAGCUCUUGUUGGCGUUUAGGCGAAGAUGAAAUUCAUAAGGAACAAUCUGGGCUUGGCCGUUUUGUUUGGGGUUUUUGCCCUCCUGGUGGUCACGAAUUCGGCUCCAAUGGAUCCUGACGAAGAUCAGUCGGAAAGCUCUGUGGUCGGUCACACGGAUAAUGAAGUUGACCUAUCUGGAUCCUGGGAUGCUGUUGAUGCUGCUGCACUGAGGAAACUCUUGACGGAUCUUGGCGUUGAAGAUAGAAUGACCCGCGUGGCGCGAUCAUGGCCUCAGGCUACAGAGCCCCGCGGCUGGGCUAUGAGGAACGUGGAUGGUAGAUUGGUGCGACCAUGGAGGGCGGACAAAAGACAAGUCCGUUUCCGGCAAUGUUACUUCAAUCCCAUCUCCUGCUUCCGCAAGUGAAUAAAUAACACGACUUUUACCCCGGCUUUCGCCCUAUGACCUAGAAAUAUAAAUGCUUCUAAAUCAGAUCUGUUUUGUCUUUUACCACAUUAACUAUUCAAAAGACUACAUUUAAAAAAAAAUCGUUAUAGUCUAGAAAAAUUAGUAACUAUCUAGGCCAUAGGUAAACUAGAUAUAAGGAUCAUAAUAAUAUUUUAGUGAAGACUUUUAUUUGAUCAGUGUGUUCGCAAUGCGACUCCAAUGUAAACUAUGAUACAUUAUCACUUUAAUAUAUACUUCAGUAAGUCUUAUUAAAAAAUAAAUAACAUAUUUCUUAGCCUAU